AUGGUGAAUGUCGAGAAUCGUGAAAUUCAUCAUGGGAUCAGAUUUUCAUAUGCCGCCAUCAAAGUUACGAAAGGCGAAUAUUGUGAUACCGGCUGUCUGGAUAACGAACCAAUGAAUGAUGAGCACAUUGAAAUAAAAGAAUGUGUAAUCGAGAAAAGUGAUGCACGUAUCGGUGAUUCAUUGUCUCGGAAAGCUUUAUUGAAACGUCAGACAACAUUAGAUGCUUUUUUCUCCAAUGAACUAGAUCGGAAGGUAUUUAUCAGUGAUAAACUGAUUCAUAAAAAGGCCAAGAAUAAUCGGAUGUCAAUAACGACUACCCAUUCAGUUAUUUCAAAAAAUAAAUUGAAAUCGAGGAAAUCUUUUGGAUCCGCUGUUGAAGAAGUCGAACACGGUGGCGAUGGAGAACGACGUCGCAAUGACUGGAUGAAAAUGGGUGACGUUAUGAAAAAAGCAAAGAUGAAAGCUGAGAGGAUCACUCUGGAUAAAUAUGUUGAAGUUGAUCAGCAUUCUAUGCAUUGCUCUUCAAGUAAAAAAUCAGCUAUCGAACUGAUACGCAAUUACGAGGAUAUGUAUCCAGAUUUGAACAGCAGAAGUGCUUCCGAUGUGGUAUUGAUAUCUUUAAAUUCGAUAUCUUCUGGAACUUCACCAAAACCAUAUCCCAUCGUUUGCGCUGACCGAACAUAUGGAUGGAAUUUUGGGAAAAAAUACGUUCGUUUGCCAUACUCUAUAUGUAAUGUGAUUGGUGGAACUGCACGAUAUAACACUAUACAAAUUGCAAUUUCAAAACUUCUGCAGCCGCUUAAAACUUAUAAACAAAUUGAGGAAUGUAUCAGAAGCUACUCACAUACUAGAAGUUUCGAUGCACUUGAACAAUUUUUCGAAGCAGUUUUGAAUGAAACAUUACGUAUGGAAUAUCUCACCGCCGUAGUACCUUUCAUGGCGAAAUUGGCUUUGCAGAGUCCAAAUCUGAUAACUCAACCAAUACCAAUAUUGCGGCGUGGAAGUUCCGGAUCGGUAACGAUAAGCCAGCAACAAACAGCGUCACUACUUGCACACGCAUUUUUCUGCACUUUUCCAAGCCGUAAUAUUGUCAGCAACGAUUUGCCGUCAGUUAAUUUCUGCCGUUUAUUCAGUUUACGUUCUCCAAAUGCGAUAGAAAAAUUACGAUGUCUAAUGCACUACUUUCAUAUGAUCUCCAAGAAAAUGCCGACAGGACUGUUGACAAUUCGUCGGCAGAAUGACUCAGCAAAAGAAUGGUCUUCCAUGCAUUUGCCCUUAUCAAAGCUUUAUGUUAGUCAUACAGGUACAAUAGAAGACGAUGGUCAUGGCAUGUUGCAAGUGGAUUUUGCCAAUAAAUAUAUUGGAGGAGGGGUAUUGAGCAAUGGCUGUGUUCAAGAAGAAAUUAGAUUUCUCAUCUGCCCAGAAAUGAUUGUGUCGAUGAUUCUAUGCGAACGGAUGCAUCAUAAUGAAGCUAUUGUUAUUUGUGGUGCAGAAAGGUUUUCUGAUUAUAGCGGUUAUGGUUCAUCGUUUUGUUGGCGUCCAAUGGUAAAGGCAGAUUCAUUUCCGAGAGAUCGCUUCAAUAGGUUGUGUUGUGAAUUGGUCGCAAUUGAUGCUUUGCCAUUUUCUAAUAAACAUGAACAAUUUAAUAUCGAGUUGGUAGAUCGCGAAUUGCUUAAGGCUUACGUCGGCUUUGCUGUAAAUGAUGAGACGAUGAAGCCGGUUGCUACUGGUAAUUGGGGCUGUGGCGUAUACGGAGGUGACUUGCACUUAAAAAGUUUGAUACAACUUAUGGCAUCAUCUGCACAGAAAAGAUGUCUUUGUUACUUCACAUUCGGAGAUCAGAAGUUUGCAGAAGACUUCACUGAAAUUUACAAGUUACUCGUGCAAGCUGAUACUACAGUUGGACAGCUGUACAAUAUGAUAAAUGGUUACUGCUCUGAAUAUGACAAGAAUAGUUCUCCAAUGCUGUUUGAAUACAUUUCUCGAAAAAUUAAACGGAAUAAAGUGCACCCAUAA